CAAGCGGCUGGGGCUUUGCUACAUUCCAUUUUCUUGGAGCCCAUGAGGGAGAGACUACCAGAGGUUCGUCUAUAGUCAAGAAUGGAGAUCGUUCUAGCGCAGCACAGAGCAAAUGGCUGUUCAGCGAUCCAGAUGGUACCUCGAUCUACUAGAUCUCCUCCACUUGCCACACUUCCAAGUCGCGGACUGUUCUCAUCCAAGCUGACGAAGUUCCAGCAUAAGCGGCAAAGUCGGCCCCAUAAAAUCUCCGCAUCCUUGCCUGUCCACGCAGUUACAAGCACAGUGCAACUCUCAUCCACGCUCUUCACGCUUGCGACAACGCUGGUGAUGCCCUUCUACACCAUCAUGAUUCUAGCUCCAAAGAAAACUUGGACAAAGCGUGUAAUUGAAAGCAACAUCCCUCACGUCGUCCUCGGAGCCAUGUACACUUAUCUUCUAUCCAUUUCCUGGACGCCUAACACUCUACACUACAUGUUUGCAACCAAGCACUACCUUCCAGAGCUCGCUGGGAUUACUCAAAUGUUUGCCAGCACAGUAACCGUUGCAUCCGCCUGGGUGCAUCUUCUUGCCGCUGAUCUAUUCGUAGGAAGACAAAUCUAUCUCGAAGGGCUGGAACACAACAUUGAAACUCGCCAUUCGUUGAUACUGUGCCUCAUGUUCUGCCCGAUCGGCAUGAUUUGCCACAUCUUCACAAAGGCUUUGACACUAAUGAAUCGAGUGCCCAAAGUACACCCGGAGAAAAUAGCGGCUCCGUGAUUAAAGCCAAAGAUUAGGAUAACAUAAUGUACUUUUGCGCUGUGUCCUUGAGAUUGGUCAGUGGAUAAAAAACAAUGAGGAUAUUAUCGAGGGUU